UAUAAACUACCUACGUACUCAUGAAGUUGUAAAACAAUUCAGUUAAUUGUAUGACUGCAUCAAGUCACCACACAAAUAAGAACGAUUUCCAAAUUAAACAAUAAAAACUGAGGAAAUUGUUAAUUACGAACUGGAACGAUGUCUGCGUAAAAUUUGAGUGAGUAUUAGUAGUUUCUUAGAUUGUCCCCAUACAGAACCUGAAGAAUGUGGCAUUUUAGUGUAGUAUUCGUUGUGUCCACAGUUUUGACAAAAUGUUUUGCAUACAGAGAACUGAUUCCUAUGCAACCACCUGGCAACCUGUCAUUCAUCGACUUCGACGAUCGAGAUGUACUGAUCCAGUGGGAACAAGUCGAACCUCAGUCCGUGAGAGGAACAUUCAAAGGCUACUUGGUGAGAGUCUGGAACCACGCCUUCAGUCAGGUGUACGCCAUACCUCCCGAGAUGACCAAAACGGCGGUACAAUUUUUUCCCUACUCCAAGAAUUUCAUGACGGUGGCUGUGAGGAAUGACAAAUACGUCGGGCCUAGAAGCAACGCCAUCAGUUUUGAUGCUCCCCAAACAGAACCAAACAUGCCAUUUUUGUUCGAACACUUCCAAAUGGGCAAGCAUUCGGUACUCCUGCAGUGGAACAAACCGACUCAGCCCAAUGGAAUCAUGCUUGGUUACAACAUCUAUUGCAGCGAGAUGAGCGGUACGACCCCAGAUGAAAAAACGACCGUCAAAUAUUUCGUUUCUGGCGCGGACAACUUCCAAGCAAAGCUCACAGGCUUGAAGGAGGGUAGAAGAUAUUUUGUUCAAAUCGGAGCUGUCAAUUGUGCAGGAGAGAGCGAUCACAAUACUCUGGAAGUUGAACUAGAGGAACACGUGCCUGAAAAACCUUCAAUGCCUACCUUCAAAUACCAAAUCGAUUACAACAUAACCGACAAAAAUGACCUGAUGAAAAAGGAGUGCUCCCAAUCCAGGCAACAACCCAAAACACACGAUACCCCAGGGGACUUCUACAUGUCUAAGGGAGAAGAAAAGGACACCACAGUUACUCCCAGUUCGGUGCCUAAAGAAUGGGUGCAGGUUCACAGGAACUGCCUCGUGAACACCCUGAUAAAGUGGAUCCCCGACGUUGACAACAACGCGGGAGAGCACUUCUACGUCAAGUACCGCAUCAAGGGAGAGCCGGAGUUUACGAAAUCCGCCCCGGAACUCGAAGAGGACUACUCCGUACUGGAGAACUUCAACGCCUGCGUCAACUACGAACUCAUCGUAGUCGCGGUGGACGGGGAGUUUGAGACGGAGAGCGAGAUGCAGGAAACGCCUGCCGUGAUGUUCAUGUUCAAAAGUUGAUCUAUUAAACGUAUAUGCAGUUACAAUGAA